AUGGAGUUCACGGCGUCACCCAAACCUCAGCUGUCUUCCCGGGCCAACGCCUUCUCUAUCGCCGCGCUAAUGUCGAGCGGCGGCUCCAAGGAGAAGGAGGCCGCGGAGAACACCAUCAAACCUCUGGAACAAUUUGUCGAAAAAUCAUCCUGCUCCCAGCCCCUGGGUGAGCUGACUAGCCUGGAUGGACACGGGGAGUUUGGCGGCAAUGGUGGCGGCAGCAGCCCAUCUUCUUCUUCUCUGUGCACUGAGCCACUGAUCCCCACCACCCCAGUUAUUCCUAGUGAGGAAAUGGCCAAAAUCGCAUGCAGCCUGGAGACCAAGGAGCUCUGGGACAAAUUCCAUGAGCUGGGCACAGAGAUGAUCAUCACCAAGUCGGGCAGGAGGAUGUUUCCUACCAUCCGGGUGUCCUUUUCGGGCGUGGAUCCUGAGGCCAAGUACAUAGUGUUGAUGGACAUCGUCCCUGUGGACAACAAGAGGUACCGCUAUGCCUACCACCGGUCCUCCUGGCUGGUGGCUGGCAAGGCUGACCCACCGCUACCAGCCAGGCUGUAUGUACACCCAGAUUCCCCUUUUACCGGUGAGCAGCUACUCAAACAAAUGGUAUCUUUUGAAAAGGUGAAACUCACCAAUAAUGAACUGGAUCAACAUGGCCAUAUAAUUUUGAAUUCAAUGCAUAAGUAUCAGCCUCGGGUACACAUCAUCAAGAAGAAAGACCACACAGCAUCAUUGCUCAAUCUGAAGUCUGAAGAAUUCAGAACUUUCAUUUUUCCAGAGACGGUCUUUACGGCAGUGACUGCUUAUCAGAAUCAACUGAUAACCAAGCUGAAAAUAGAUAGCAAUCCUUUUGCCAAAGGAUUCCGGGACUCCUCCAGGCUCACUGACAUUGAGAGGGAAAGCGUGGAGAGCCUGAUUCAGAAGCAUUCCUAUGCCCGCUCGCCCAUCCGGACCUACGGGGGAGAAGAAGAUGUCCUGGGGGAUGAGGGUCAGACAACGCAAAACAGAGGGUCAGCAUUUACAACAUCUGAUAACUUGUCUCUCAGCUCCUGGGUAUCAUCUUCAUCCAGUUUUCCUGGAUUUCAGCACCCACAGUCCCUGACUGCUCUUGGCACCAGCACAGCAUCCCUGGCAACACCCAUUCCCCACCCCAUACAGGGUUCUUUGCCACCAUACAGCCGGCUUGGGAUGUCUUUGACCCCAUCGGCCAUCGCUAGCUCCAUGCAGGGGAGUGGCCCCACAUUCCCUUCUUUCCACAUGCCUCGGUACCAUCAUUACUUUCAGCAGGGCCCCUAUGCUGCCAUCCAAGGACUGCGCCAUUCCUCUACUGUGAUGACGCCAUUCGUAUGA